AUGCUGGCCCGCUCUGCGCUUCUCGUCCAUUCCACAGAAGCUGCCUUCACGGCUUGCCGUGCUGCUUCAGGUUAAUUUUUUUCACAAUAAAGUUUCAUUUUCAAACGGAUUAAAAAUAAAUCCAAUGUUAUUAUCAUUUUUUUCAGGUUCCGCUGCUACCGCUCCGAAAAAAGGAAAGCGCGUUAAGACUUUCAACAUCUACCGGUACAAUCCAGACAUUCCUGGUGGAAAGCCGUACAUGCAAGUACGAUAGCUUUCCGCUUUCUUUUCAGUAGAAAUUCCGUUUUUUUUUAGAAAAUUGAUUGUUGCUUUUUUUUAUUGAGUUUAUACUUUCUUAUACAGAAGUUUGACGUCGACUUGGAUCAGUGUGGAACGAUGGUCUUGGACGCUCUCAUCAAGAUUAAAAACGAGACGGACACUACUCUCACAUUCAGAAGAAGUUGCCGCGAAGGUGUGCAUUUUCUUAUCUUUUUGAUGAAUCAACCUAGCUCGCAAUUAUUUAAAAAAUAAUAUUAGUAAAUCUCUGAUUAUAUAUCUAAAUUAUUGAGGAAUUUGCGGUUCUUGCGCUAUGAAUAUUGGCGGACAAAACACUUUGGCUUGCAUUUGCAAGAUCGACAGCGACACCUCGAAAACGACCAACAUUUACCCUCUGCCCCAUAUGUACGUCGUCAAGGUGAGUAUUUUUUCUUCAUCGAUGUGAAGCUAAAAAGAGGAAUAAAUCACACGUUCAGUAUUUGUGAACUUUGAAUUUAAGUUUGUUAAAGUGUGAUUAUUUUAAAUGUCCGAAACAAUUUCCUUUUCCUCUCAAAACCUUUUUUUUAAAUUCACCUCAAGAGACAGAAGAUCAUGUAUGUUAAAAUUCACAAGAUUUCUCAAAUAAAUUUUGUUAGCCUCCGUUUCGUCUCUUUUAUAACUAUUUUUUCGCAGGAUCUUGUUCCGGACAUGAACCUGUUCUACGCUCAGUACGCUUCAAUCCAGCCGUGGCUCCAGAAAAAGACCCCAAUCACAUUGGGCGAAAAUCAGCUGCAUCAAAGUGUCGCCGAGAGAGAUCGCUUGGUAGGAUGGAGAAAUUGUUCGAAAUUCAAAGACUAUCUGCAGGACGGUCUUUACGAGUGCAUUCUGUGCGCUUGUUGCUCAACUUCUUGCCCUUCCUAUUGGUGGAACGCCGAUAAAUAUCUCGGUCCAGCUGUUCUUAUGCAGGCCUACAGGUAGUCAAUCAAAAUUUCCUCAAAAAAUAUUGUGAGUAAGCGAGUUUCAUUUUCUGAUGUUACAUUCAUUUUACUCAACCAAAUAUGAUGCUUUUUAAAAUGUAAAAAAAAAAACACAAAGCUAUUUUUCUCAUGAUAUUUUUCUAUUUUGAGGAAUUUGCUGCAAUUUUAUUAAAACUCAGGAAUCUUGGUCGAGAAUAAGUUAUUCAAUAUUUUAAUAUUCUCCAAAUUAAUUUUUCAACUCUUAUAACUUCUUUUUGUUAAGAUGGAUCAUCGAUUCCCGUGACGACUUUGCCAAGGAACGUCUUCAUCGCAUGCACGACUCUUUCUCCGCUUUCAAAUGCCACACAAUCAUGAAUUGCACCAAGACUUGUCCUAAGGUUUGUUUUUCAUGAUUAUUUUUCUUUCGAAGAAAGGGUAAUAAUUGAUUUGAAAAUUUAUUUAUUGAAAAUUGAAAAUAUGGUGUAGUUUUUUUGGGGCUCUGGAUCGUACGGAUCUUUUUUUCAAAAAAAAUUUUCUAACGAGGAAUCCUUAGAGAUCGACUGUUUGAACACAUUUGAUACAAAUAAAGCAAUUUUUUUAAUUUAAAGGCUUGAAACGAAUCAAAUUAUUUUAGUCCGCGGAAGACUCAAUCUCACGCUUUUUUUAAUUUAAAACUUUGUAAAUAAGUUCAGUUUUUGCCUUUUAGCCAGAACAACGCUUCAAAUUUGAACUAUAUUCUUCCUUUUUAUCCUAUCAGCCGAUAAAAUCGUGUCAUGGCUGUUUUUCUUAGUAAAAUAGAGGAUUGCUCGACCAUGGGAGGUUUGCAGCAUCUGAACCCAGCCAAGGCUAUCGGCGAGAUCAAGUCGCUGCUCACUGGACUGAAGACGAAACCAGAGCCGGUCCACCACGCCGCGCCCCAUCCAAUUCAACAAUAAUCUUCGAAACCAAUGAAAAACUCGUAUGCAUAGCAACCGAUUAUAAGAUGCUUUUCAAAGUAUGAAUAAUUGCGCUUCCGUCGAAAUUACACUACGUUUAUUAAUUCUUAAAAAAUAGAUGUGGAGUAGAUUUAUUAGUGAAGCAUUCUAUGGUGUAAUAAAAAAAUUAUUUUAAGACACUGCGACUAGAACGAGUUUGUCAACACAAUAACAAUCAAAUUCACACUGCUGUUAAAGUUUUGUUUAGCGCUUUUGUAAUGGAACUCCUAAUAUAGCAGAGAAUAUAACUAAAAAGGCGUGAAAGCUCUUAUUAUGGCGUAUUCAACGGUAAAACGGGGGUAUGUUUCAAAACGCGAAAAAGGGUGGUUUGAGUUAAUAUACAUAUGAAAGUUCAGCGACUUUUAAAGAAGAAGGUUCAAAAUGGUUUUCAGAGUAUUUGUCGUAAGAAUAGAAUAAUCUCCAGUAAAUUUUUCCAACAGGCUAACGGUGGAUGAAGAAAAUACUGGUAUGGAAGUCUAAUAACGUUUCGACAAAUAAAAGGAACCAGUACAGUCGUUUUUUUUCGGUCAGUCUGUGACUCAAGCAUAUCCUGAGCAGCGUUCCAGUUCAAGGAUUGUCGGAAACAAACAGAAGGCGGCUAUUUCGAGGUCGCGGUCGAUGAUGUUCACGGGAAGAUGGCAAACAUCCCAGAAGACGUUCGGAAAUGGAUGAAGCCUGACGCCGACCAGAUUUCUUCUCUAAUUGUCUCAUUUCUGGGUCAUCAUAACUCGAUUCUGCAAGUAGUUACUCGAUAGAAAUCUUCUUAACUUUGGAAAAUUAGAACUUUGAAAUGAAAGGCCAGUAAUUUCUUUGACCUUUUCACAAGGUUAAUGGAAGUUAAGUUUGCCUUGUGAAUGUUCGGAGGAGGAGAAGGAGAUCUAGUGGUUAUCGCACUUGAAAAACUUUUAACGAACCGAAAAGUUCUUUGAUAUUAUCAGAUGAAAUUAUCUUGAAUAUUUAUAUUUCAAGAACAUAGCCUGUUUUGUCCAAGCGUGGAUUGAACCAAACGUUCAAUUAUAACCAGAGAAAUGUCACGUAACGACUCUACAAACUUUGCGAAGUUCUCUUUCUUUCCGGAAGAGGAAUAUUGGGUGUGGUGAAUGAUUCAGAUAGCUCGAACAAGAACUUAUGAAAAAAAAGGUGAUAAAUUUGCCAGACGGCCCAGGUUGCGGGCUGAGAAAUCAAAAAACGAAUUUUCAGCAAGGAUUAUUACAAAACGCACUCCGUUUCCGUUGACUUUUUCAUUGAGAAGAUUCCAGAACGCAACUUUUGGAGAAGGAGAAAAAAAAGAAUAUGAUAGAACGUUUCUCGUACACUUUCAUUGUGGUUUUUGAUCAAAUAUGUCUAACUGCGUGAAAAGUCACCUCUUAAAGUUAGUCUGGAACUAGCAAAGGAGGCCUGAAAUGACAGGAAUGGGCUAUAAAUGCGACUUUCAUAGCGCCAGAAGUGCAUGUUCAGACAAAGUCCAAGGCGUAUUCUCGAAACAGAAAAAAAAUUGUGGGGAAAAGAGUUCCCUAAGGGAAAUAUUCAGAAAAGAUUCUGAUUUGGUAGAGGAAAGUAUAAAAGAUACAGGACAUUUAGUAUUAGCGAAGUCAAGUGAAGAACUCAGAAGAAUUUCCGACUGAAAAAUCUUGCAGAAAGGUUAAAGAAAGACUUUUCGCCUUUGUCUUCGUUUUGCAAAUACGACCUGAAAAUUUUCCAGAACAUCGAUUGAGUUUGAAAAAAAUAAAAAAAUGUUCGUGAUUUACUGCUUCAAUCUACUGAAGUUAAGAAACUUCAAUUUGCGGGAGGGCAACGUGGAGAUCGUAAUCAGGGUAAUUAUUCAUAAAACAGAAUUCCGUUUGUUUCUCCAGUUUUAAUUCAAUAUUUUCUUUUUUGUUUUUCAAAAAAAGUCGUCGAAACUUCUCAACUUUUUUCAUCGGAUAAUUUGCAAUGUUCCACUCUUUUUGUUGCAGUUCCUUGGAUGAUACACGGCGCGGCCCACGCCUAGCGCGGGUGGGACCAACGCCAAUUAGUUUUCGAACACCUGUGAUAUAUAUUCGAAACCCGUUAGACGCUUCCAAUAGGCUCAUUCAGCGACAACGCGCCGUGUCGUACUUUUUUGGCUGUCUUUUCCGGCCGGACUGACCGCAAGGAACUCGUUUGGACCAGCGGAGGCGGAGUCGCCGAGGUCAGCCAGGCUCCGCCCACUUCCCACGCUCCUACCGUCCAUCAGCAAACUACAAGUAUAAAAGUAGUUGAGCUGUAAUCCAAAGACAUCAACUCAGAAAUGAGCGCUCUCCGACGACUUCCGACGCUUCUGGCCUUUCUGGCUCUCGCUGUCUUCGCCGACGCCAAAUCUGCCCGCUCCAAGUUUGUUUUUUCCUGUCUUCUGAUCCAAAUUCUAUCUUUCCAAAAAUGCUUCUAAAGCACAGUCUCUUCUUUCACAUACGUUCAAGCCAUUCUCUUCAAAAUUUCCUUUUUCUGGCUUGACUCAGCCAUUUCAAUUAGCCGCUCUCAGAAGCUAGUCUCCCGAUUGGCUAUAGCUUCAUUACGAAGAGUUCCCCAGAGCAGCCAAAAAAGGAAUAUAUUGAGCCCACUUCACUAAACGCUUUAUCACUAAUACUUUUUCCAAACAAAAUGUUUUUAUGCGGGUUUUCUCCAGUCGUUUGACUACUUUUUAAAUUUUUUUAAAUUAAUAAUGAGAACCUUUGGCUUUUUAACGAAAAAAACAAAAAAAUUAAAUGUAAAUCACACUUUUUUUGAUUCCUAAAGUUAGGGACCGCAGAGCCACGCCCACUUCGCUGUUCAAAAAAACUUCGUCAUUUUUCGUUGCAUUUUUGGUUCUUUUUAUAUUUUAAAACAGUUUUUCUUGUACCGAUUUGAGAAAAAAAUUGGGGGAAACAUACAAUCGGCUAUGCUUAACAAUCCUACAUAAAAAGAAAAUACUGAAAAAAAUGAGAAAUAUGAAUGUAUGACGACAGUUUUUAAAACGCAUUUGUGGCCGAAAACGGAUAAAAAUCCCUGUUUUUUUCUUGAAAGUUUCUGGGCAACUUUUUAUUCUUGAAUAUCAUAAAGCAACUAAAAACGCAUAUUCUGGGAAAAAAAUAAGAAAAAUUCUAUGGUUGGCCUCAAAAAAAUAACGCAAUUUGAAAAUCACGAUUUUUCGAAAUUCCUUAUUUUCGAAAAAAACGCGAUCGAUAAUUACUGAUUAUAUUUUUAAACGGUUGUUUGCAGUUGUUUGCAAAUUUUAAAAAUAGAAAACUAAGUUUUUCAUCGAUUAUAUAGUUUAUAUGAAAGCUUAAAAUUUCGGUUUUUUCGUAACGCCUUGAAAACGGCCCAAAGCGUUCUGGGCAAGUUUUUUAUUUCAUAAUAUCAAACAUUAGACAUUUCUACAACAUAUCAAAAAAAUAAAAAAAUUCCUAGGAUGGCCCUGAAAAGUAUGGUUAAUUUAAACGCUCGAAAGUUAUUUUUAAAACUGCGCGUCGCUGGAAAUCUGCAGACACCGCGAAGGCCACGAAAUUUUUUUCGAAAGCGUGAAGAAGGUUUUUUUAAACUAUUUAUGUAUUCUGUUCAAGUUUUUUCUCAUUUUAUUGUGGCUUUAUAGUUGCUUUUUACUCAUUUCAUAAUUGAAAUCUUUUUUUCCUAUAUCAUUAUAUCCAUUAUAGCAGCGAGAAAAGUAUUAAAUUUCGCUUUUACUCAACUUUUUUUGAACUUUUUCGGAAUGUCAAGUAAAGAAUUCUAAAAAAUUGUCUACGUACACUCCAUGUAGACGCACGAACUUUAGAGAAAAAAAUAAAAGAAGUAGAAAAUCAAAAGUAAAAACGUUUUCGCCCCUUUUUAAAACUCUCUGAAAAAAAGGACUUGGUGAUUAUUUACAUAUUUUUUUCAGUAAAUUUCUUAGUAGACUGUUACAUUUUCAAUUCGGUUUAAUGCUGUUAGUCCUUCGCAGAGGUCUAUUUUGUCGGUUAUUUUUCUUUUUACGAAAUGCAUUGAAACCUUCUUCAAAAACUUGCUUUUUCAGCAGCGUGAGUGCUUGAAGAGUAGGCUGAUAUUGAAAAAGAGCAAUAUUCAAUAUGAAAACUCUAAUAUUUCAUUUAAAACUUCUAAAAACACAAAUAAAUAUGUUUUUCGAAAACGUCUCCUGCGUGAAUUAACGCACAGCAAGGAGCGCACGGCAUUUAUAAACACGUCCCUUUUUUCUGCGACCCUGACGAAAGUUUCUACACAAAAAGUGGUUCCCCUGAUUUCGCCACUUUUUUUGCUUAUAACUUUUUCAUUUUUUUCAUAUUUUUCUUUUCUGUUUUCGCAGUUAGCUCUCGAUUGCCAUCAGCUUUCUUUUCAUAUAGGUUUCAACUUUAUAUAACUGACUUUGGAAAUUGGCCUGCGGUCCCUACCUAAAGUUCAAAAGGUCUUACUAAACCGCCAACCUUGACGAGUUUUUUUCCAUCUUGCACGAAAAACAAAUUGCUCUCUUUGAACUUUUUCUUCCAGAAAAAACUAUUCGUCCUCUCAUGAAACAAGAAAGGCGCCUUCGAAAGUUUUUUUCUUUUACUACAGUGCCCUUUCUAAUUAUAUACCUAAAUUUGUGUUAAAUUUGGGCUGUUCCUACGAAGCAACCUGCAAUUUUUCCUGCAUUUCUUAUAGUUUUUUUUUUCCUUUCCAAAGUUUUCUCUUCCAACCACAGUCGACAAUCUAUAAAACAGAAGUUUAACGAUCAACUUUGAACACUUUUCAUUGCUUUAGUUAAUUGGGGCAUUCAACUUGCAUCUGAAAAAAAAACAAUUUUGUAAAACCUUAGGGAAAUUUUCUUGUUUUAAUUAUCUUUCCUGGGAUAACUUAUAACUUUCAGAUUGGCAAAGUACUUUGAAAGCAUUCCUUUGGCUUUUGAUAUCAGAAACAACUUUCGAAAAUCAUUACAGGCUGAAGUUUUUCAUAUGAGAGAAUAAUUUGUCAAUUGAAAGAUUGAGAGUUUCCGGUGUAAUAGUUCCUGUUUUGAUUAUCGAAUCACCGGAACGCCACCAAGGAAUGAUAAGGUUGCAGGAUCAAAGUCUUUAUUUCUUUUUGUCUUUGUGAAAAACAAAAACGAUAAAUCAAUAAGGGAGAUAAAAAAGAAAAAUUACUUUACACCGCUAUUUUGACAGCGGUAGGGGCAAAAUCGCAUUUAUUUUGAUUCCAUCAAAACAUUAGCCGGCUUACUCGGAUGGGUGAUAACAGAACUUGUUCUUCUGUAUUCUUUCCGAAAAACUUGACAGGAACCCUCUUUCAAAAGAAAUGGAGCUUAUACUGGAGUCCAGUGCGGAUAUUUGCAGGUGCUGGACCAGCGGCAACGGCAAACCCGCCCAAUGGUGGCAAGAGGGAUCCAUCAUCACUCGAGGUUUCUUUUUUAUCUCCUUUACAGUUAAAAGUGUUGUUUCGAUUUAUUUGGGAACAAAUCCUUUUUUCAGGAAAGUUCUUCUACGAGUGCAGCCGCGGUCAACUGGCACCCAGAGGAUGUUUCUCUGCCGACGAGAAAAAAAGUCCAGAUCGGACAGACGUUCCAGCAGGACGGCUACGAGUUUUCUUUGCUCUCUAGGUGCGUAAUCUUUUUCAAAUAUAGGCUCAAGGCUCAUUUUUCAAGUUAAAAACCCAACGGAUUGAUUAUUUAAUGCUCAGGGGCUGAUGGCUACCUCGAAUUCAAGUACAGCGGUUGCAUCAGUCAAGAAGGCAAGACUUUACGGCGUCGGCCAGACUUGGGCCGAUCCAAAGGUGAGAAGAACUGCUACGAAACAGUCAAAACUGUCUACUACUAA